UUGCGACACUCAUCUUUGUCAGUGAACAAAAUGGCGUCUUACUGUUUGACUGUCACUCGGUUACGGCUGGCCCUUGGUACUGGUGCAAGGCGACUUCAUGUGUCUGCAGCCCUCAGUGCUAAGGCCAAAGUGGCAAUGAGCCGCUUUGAGCCUGGCUCCAGUAUUAACUAUGAGCAAAUGCAUGAGAACAUCAACAUUGUGCGCAAGAGGCUCAACAGACCUCUCACUCUGUCUGAGAAGAUUGUGUACGGUCAUCUGGAUGACCCGGCAGGGCAGGAGAUCGAGCGUGGUCGCACUUAUCUGCGCCUGCGUCCGGACCGUGUGGCCAUGCAGGAUGCUACAGCUCAAAUGGCCAUGCUUCAAUUUAUCAGCAGUGGUCUGCCGAAGGUAGCAGUACCCUCCACCAUCCACUGUGAUCAUCUGAUUGAGGCCCAGAUUGGAGGAGCUCAGGAUCUGCAGAGGGCUAAGGAAGUGAACCAGGAAGUUUACAACUUUCUUGCAACUGCUGGAGCCAAAUAUGGAGUUGGCUUCUGGAAACCAGGCUCGGGGAUCAUCCAUCAGAUCAUCUUGGAGAACUAUGCCUAUCCAGGGGUGAUGCUGAUUGGUACAGAUUCACACACUCCUAACGGCGGUGGUCUGGGUAGCAUCUGUAUCGGCGUGGGUGGAGCCGAUGCUGUAGAUGUCAUGGCUGGAAUCCCUUGGGAGCUCAAGUGUCCCAAAGUGAUUGGCGUGAAGCUGACGGGAACUUUGUCAGGCUGGACGUCUCCAAAGGAUGUCAUCUUGAAGGUGGCUGGAAUCCUCACUGUAAAGGGUGGCACAGGUGCCAUUGUGGAGUAUCAUGGGCCUGGAGUUGACUCUAUCUCCUGCACAGGAAUGGCCACUAUUUGCAACAUGGGUGCUGAGAUUGGAGCUACUACAUCCAUUUUCCCCUACAACCACCGUAUGAAGACUUACCUUGACAAAACUGGUCGCGCUGAGAUUGCCUCUGUGGCUGAUCAGUUCAAAGGUGACUUGGUCCCUGACGAUGGCUGUGAAUACGACCAGACCAUUGAGAUUAACCUGAGUGAGUUGAAGCCACACAUCAAUGGGCCUUUCACCCCCGACUUGGCCCACCCCGUGUCUGAAAUUGGUGCCGUAGCUACGAAGAGUGGAUGGCCUCUGGAGGUUAAAGUUGGGCUGAUUGGGAGCUGCACCAACUCCAGCUAUGAGGACAUGGGAAGAGCCGCCUCUCUUGCCAAGCAGGCUUUGGAUAAAGGCUUGAAGUGCAAAGCCCAGUUCACAGUCACUCCUGGGUCAGAGCAGAUCCGAGCCACCAUCGAAAGGGAUGGAUAUGCUAAGCUCUUGAGCGAUGUUGGCGGGGUUGUACUCGCCAAUGCUUGUGGGCCUUGUAUUGGUCAGUGGGACAGGAAGGAUGUGAAAAAAGGAGAGAAGAACACAAUUGUCACUUCCUUUAACAGAAAUUUCACCGCUAGAAACGAUGCAAAUCCAGCUACUCAUGCUUUUGUCACUUCUCCUGAGAUUGUCACUGCCUUGGCCCUCGCCGGAACUCUCGACUUCAACCCAGAAACAGACUACUUGACCGCCCCUAACGGAGAGAAGUUUAAGCUGAACCCCCCUUCUGGUGACGAGCUCCCCUCCAGAGACUUUGACCCUGGGCAGGACACCUACCAGCAUCCCCCCGCUGAGGGCGGCUCCGUCAAGGUGGACGUAAACCCAUCCAGCAAUCGUCUGCAGCUACUGGAGCCCUUUGACAAGUGGCAUGGAAAAGAUCUGGAAGACAUGAAGGUCCUUAUCAAGGUGAAGGGAAAGUGCACCACUGACCACAUCAGUGCCGCUGGACCUUGGCUGAAGUUCCGUGGUCACCUUGACAACAUUUCCAACAAUCUGCUGAUUGGUGCCGUGAACAUGGAGAACGAUGCCGUCAACAAAGUCAAAAACCAGCUGACUGGAGAGUACGGUGGGGUGCCUGAUGUGGCUCGCCACUACAAGGCCAGUGGAGUAAACUGGGUUGUGGUAGGCGAUGAGAAUUAUGGCGAAGGAUCCAGCAGAGAGCAUGCUGCCCUGGAGCCUCGACACCUGGGGGGACGUGCUAUCAUUGUCAAAAGCUUUGCAAGAAUCCAUGAGACUAACCUGAAGAAACAGGGCCUGCUGCCGUUGACUUUUGCUAACGCUAGUGACUACGACAAAAUCCGCCCUGAUGACCACAUUUCAAUCACCGGCCUUAGAUCCUUUGCCCCAGGCAAGCCUCUGACAGCAGUGAUCAAGCACAGUGAUGGCAGCCAGGAGUCAGUCACCCUAAACCACACCUUCAACGACACGCAGAUCGAGUGGUUUAAAGCUGGCUCCGCCCUCAACAGAAUGAAGGAGCUCCAGUAGUUGGUGGAGGGCAAGAAAGCGAAGCAUUGUAGUGGCCAUCAGGGGACCUUGGCAUGGGUGAAGAAGGUGGGGCUGGGGGAGUAUCGCAAACACAGUGGCAAAGUGCAAGAUGUGAGCAGUUUUUGGUGACCAUAUUUGGUUGAAGCGUAGCUGUAGUCAUGCUCCUUUUAGGAAAGAAAACACACAUUCGCACACACGAGGUCGCUGGACAGAAGAAAAGCGCACAUAGCCACCUACUGUACAUCCACAGACGGAAUGAAGAAUUAAAACAAGAUAAUCACAGCCAUCUUUGUGUGAGACGCUUAGCAUAACAUCCGUUUCACGGCAGCAUCCUCCAUAUUGGCAGCACUCCCCUUAAAAGUCGCUCGCAGUGUUUGCAUGUCUUUAAUGACUCUUCAUUUAUUUUACAUCACAAAUCAUAAGCACGCUACUGUAUUUCUGUGAAAUCACUCCCAGCUAAGCAGAUUUAAAAGCAGAAUGUGAUUAAGACCGUUAUCUUACAUGGUUAUUGAUGAUUUCUGAUGUAAUUAUUAACUUAAGUCAGCCACAGUUGGUGUUAAUGCUGCAUACAACAGUUCUUUCACUUGUUUAUUUAUUACUCACUAAAUCGUGGGCCUUUUCCACUUUCUCGAAUUCGAUCCGUUACAUUUUACUGAGCACAAUGAAUAUCUGUACUAUGAUCCAUGUGGGCAACGCUCUUGCUGCAAACCAGAUACAUAUUGCUGCUAUUGUAAGCACUAGCCUUGCCAUUUUGUUUGUCUAUUUAUGCUUGUGUGUGAGGUGUGCGAUGUCCCUUACAUGCUGUACUCACCACAAAUGUACAAAGGAAUGAGCAAUGGUAUGGGUAUCUGUAGUGGGUACAUUUUUAGGUAAAUAAAGAAGAAGAAAGAAGAUAUUGCGCAUUUAAUUCACCCUUUCUUACCCUGCAUACUUGUAACAAGUCAUCCUGUCUUUUACCCAUUUUCUUACAUUACCUAAUGCAUAGAACAAUGUGCAGGUGCCUGUGCGCUAGCACUUGUUUCUAAAACUACAUUUCUGUUGUGAUUGUUUUGAACUGACAAAUCAUGAAUUGAUAAAUCAUGAAUCAAUUUUGUAGUCAUACAUGCACAAUUUGCCAUCCCAUGUGUGCAGUGCAGAAGCUAUCUUUGGUUGGGUAUGGCCUACGUCUGCAUCACGCUGCAGGUCUGAACAUGUCAUGUCCUGCCAUUCUAUGUGCAGAAUUAACACCACUUUUUAUAAUGAUGAAUGUCUAAUAAAUGUGCUUUACAGCGUCACAGUUUGGUGUAAAUUAUUUGCUAUAUUGCUGCACCAUGUAUAAAAGUGUGAUCGUAAAUUCAUUGAUCCAUUCUUCCCUUAGUGGUCUUUAGUUAAAGUCUGAUUCGCCCUUUUGACAAAUGUGGUAUACUUGUUGCUGCCUUUAAGCAUAUAAGUGAUUAUAUUUGUGGUAGCUGUCAUAUUUUUAUAUUUCUUAAUGUAUCCAAUAUUCUGAUAAAUUUGGAGAAGCGGUUAUCCACAAUGUCUGUUGCUUGUACUGUGAAGCAAGAUGAAGUAUUGUUGUUAGUGGGUCGUGGCCUUUUAAGUUGAAGAUAUUGUAAAGUGAGUGAGUAAAGGUAGUGUGCGGUGGAGUGCCGCUUGACAUACUUUAUUGGUCUGUUACAGCAAAUAAACACAAAUGUUACAA